GUACAUCCCAAGGCUGCCGAUGGCGAUACCAUGGCCGGGCCCGCACGUCACGUUCGUCACCGUCAGGUCCGAGAUUCCAUCUCCGACGGAGAUGCAGUCGUCGCCAGUACCGAUGUUCGAGUCGAGGAUCGAGAUCUGAGAAGCUCUCCCCAUGUGGAUUCCGUCGGUGUUGGGGCUGUCUCCCGCGGCGGUGAUGGUGAUCUGGCUGAACGUCAGGUUCUUGCCUCCGAUUAUGAUGAAGUGGAAGUUCUUGCUGUCCUUGCUCGUUAUCCCUUGGAC